AGAACCCGGAAACGGGACGUGGUGCUGGGUCUGCGCCUCUUUGGUUGCCGAAUGCGCCGGUUUGUUCCAGUUCCAUCGCCCCUCGUCUGCUCUGCCCAUCAUCGCACCGCAACUCCCCCCCCCCAACACCAUGUCCGAGAGCCGCGGCUCCAGCGGCGCUGCCAUGGCCCUCUCGGAGGCUUCGGCUGCUGGCCCGACAGCGACACCCCCGGUCCUCGACGGCUCCGACAUCCUCACCAUCGUGCUCGCCAACGACAUCUUCAGCCUCUCACUCGCUCUCACCGAGCUUCAGGGGCUCUUCCUCGUCUUCAGGCGUGCUCGCGCUCUCCUCAACUCCAAGCUGACUCGCUUCCGGCGUUGGUGCCUGGACGCCGGACUUCAAUGCCGCCCCGGCCACCCGCUGCCUGUCCUCAUCUUGCCCAGCGACAUGAUUGCCGUCGCUCAGCAUUUUGACGGCCGCGGUACCACCGAGCGCCCCUGGCUCGUUGCCCUGGCCGAUCGAGGCCACAUCGCUGCCUCCUUCAUUCUGGCCCGGAUUCUGCAAGCUGAUCUCGCUGCCGGGAAAUCGACGAACAACAUUGCAAAAGGCGCCACACAGCAGCAAAUCUUUGGCCUUUUGGAGAGCGCAGCCAAUGCAAACCACCCCACGGCACAGUUCUACCUGGCCGAGUGCUACGACCGCGGCGAUGGAGUCGGCCAAGACCGCACCAAGGCCGCCGAGCUGUAUCAAAAGGUUGCCGAUCGUGGAGUUCCACAGGCUCAAGUCGCUCUCGGUCGCUGCUAUGAGCGCGGCGAGGGUGUCGACCAAAGCUACGACACGGCUAUCGAGUGGUAUUCCAAGGCCGCAGACCAAGGCAGCGAAGAUGGUCGAAUCCACAUCGAGUUCCUCCGUGGCUGGUUCUCGUUCAUCGGCCAUGGUGUCGACCAGAGCGACGCUGAUGCCUUCAAUCGCUGGCAAGAAGUGAGCACCCGGUCCUCGGACACAGCCGUCAAGCACAUUGCCACCCACAUGGUCGGCUGGAUGCACUAUCACGGCCGGGGCACUCAGCUGGACAAGCAAAAGGGCGUCAAGAUGAUCCGCGACAACAAGUCGGACGAGUUCAAGCUUGGGGAGGGCGAGUGCCUGGCGGUCAUCUGGCUGCCCAACUCCUUAUCGGAUGCCCCUGCAGCAUGCAGGUUCUUUGAGCUGUGCUGGCUAGGAUACGAUCAAGACUGGCUCUGCAGACAUCUCACGGCUGUGUGUCUGAUCUAUGGAUUUGGAACCACAAAGAAUCAGAUGCUGGGGGCGCAAAUCUUUCAGCAGCUUGCAAACGAAGGCCACAGCGACAGCCAGUACUGGUUUGGAAAUUGCUACUUUCACGGAUGGGGAGUAGCGCAGGACCACUCGAAAAUGUUCCAGUGGUCAAGCAAAGCGGCCGAUCAACUCAACUCGUACGGGCAGUUGGGGCUUGGCCAUUGCUUUGUCUGGGGAAACGGGGUUCCCAUGGACCGCACCCAGGCAGUCGAGUGGUUUCGCAAGUCGGCCGCGCAGGGCAAUCGAUACGGCCAGCACAACAUCGGGAUCUGCUACAACAACGGCUGGGGUGUCGACCGAGAUCUCACCGCUGCCAUAUCUUGGUACAAUAAGAGUAGCGAGCAAGGAUUUUGAUUUGUCCAAUCGAUGUCCCUGGGCAGCCUGAGAGGGAAGGGUUGAUCCUGGAGCCUCUGCCGCGAGCGCCAGCUGCACUCGAGGCCGCAAUACAGAUUGUUCGGAACGAA